ACCGACCGGGACGCCGGCAUCUGGGGACCUCCUGGCCCCGGCACCCCCCUCCCCCUGGGAUCCACGCUUCCCGAUGCCCGGUGAGCAGCCUCCGGGGCGGAGGGCGAUGACCACCCGGCAGCGGGCACCUCGGCUCGCGCGCCUCUGGUGCGUCUCGGCCGCGCUGGGGAUGCUGUGCUCGCCGGCUUCGCUGGCGUUCAACUUGGACGUGGACAAGGUCACGGUGUACAGCGGCCCCGAGGGCGGCUACUUCGGCUACGCGCUGGACUUCCACAUCCCCGACGCUCGCACAGCCAGUGUCUUGGUGGGGGCGCCCAAAGCCAACACGAGCCAGCCGGAUAUCGUGGAAGGGGGAGCUGUCUAUUACUGUCCCUGGCCCGCCGAGGGUCCGGCGCCGUGCAAGCAGAUACCAUUCGACACCACCAAUAACAGGAAGAUAAGAGUUAAUGGAACCAAAGAACCUAUUGAGUUUAAGUCCAAUCAAUGGUUUGGAGCAACAGUGAAAGCCCAUAAGGGGAAAGUUGUGGCAUGUGCUCCCUUGUAUCACUGGAGAACUCUUAAACCUACACCAGAAAAGGACCCGGUUGGCACGUGCUAUGUAGCCAUUCAAAAUUUCAGUGCAUACGCUGAGUAUUCUCCUUGUCGUAACAGCAAUGUCGAUCCUGAAGGCCAGGGUUACUGCCAAGCAGGAUUUAGUCUGGAUUUUUAUAAGAAUGGAGACCUCAUAGUAGGAGGCCCUGGGAGUUUUUACUGGCAAGGCCAAGUGAUCACAGCCAGUGUUGCAGACAUCAUUGCAAAUUACUCAUUCAAGGAUAUUCUGAGGAAACUGGCUGGCGAAAAGCAGACCGAUGUGGCUCCGGCUUCCUAUGAUGAUAGCUACCUGGGAUAUUCAGUGGCUGCUGGAGAAUUCACAGGAGAUUCUCAGCAAGAAUUGGUUGCUGGGGUUCCAAGAGGAGCACAGAACUUUGGAUACGUCUCCAUCAUUAACUCUACAGAUAUGACUUUCAUUCAGAACUUCACUGGUGAACAGAUGGCAUCCUAUUUUGGAUAUACUGUGGUAGUAUCAGAUGUUAACAAUGAUGGACUGGAUGACAUACUGAUUGGGGCACCUCUCUUCAUGGACCGUGAAUUUGAGAGUAACCCUAGGGAAGUAGGACAAGUCUACCUAUACUUGCAAGUGAGCACCCUCCUCUUCCAAGACCCCCAGGUCCUCACGGGCUCUGAGACCUUCGGGAGAUUUGGCAGUGCUGUGGCGCACUUAGGGGACCUGAAUCAAGAUGGAUAUAAUGACAUAGCCAUUGGUGCGCCCUUCGCAGGUAAAGAUCAGAGUGGCAAAGUACUCAUUUACAAUGGGAACCAGAAUGGCUUAAACAUCAAACCUUCCCAAGUGCUGCAAGGCAUGUGGGCCUCCCAGGCUAUCCCUUCUGGAUUUGGCUUUUCUUUAAGAGGAGAGGCAGACAUAGACAAGAAUGAUUACCCAGAUCUACUUGUGGGUGCAUUUGGGAAAGGAAAAGUAGCUGUUUACAGAGCGAGGCCCGUAGUGACUGUGGAUGCCCAGCUUCUGUUGCACCCAAUGAUUAUUAACCUUGAAAAUAAAACCUGCCAGAUUGCAGAACAGUUGGCACCUGUGGCCUGCUUUUCUCUAAAAGUGUGUGCAUCUGUGACUGGCCAGAGCAUUUCAAAUACAAUAGCCCUGAUAGUUGAGGUGCAGUUAGAUUCCUUGAAGCAAAAAGGAGCCAUCAAGCGAACACUCUUCCUCCGUAACCAUCAGUCCCGUCUUGUCUUCCAUCUCAUGACAACACAGCACAAAUCUCUCCAUUGCAAGGAUUUUAUUGUUUAUCUUCGAGAUGAAACUGAAUUCCGAGAUAAAUUAUCUCCAAUCAACAUCAGUUUGAAUUACAGUUUAGAUGAUUCCAACUUUAAAGAAGGCCUAGAAGUGAAACCAAUACUGAACUACUACAGAGACAACGUAGUCACUGAGCAGGCUCGCAUCCUGGUGGACUGCGGCGAAGACAAUCUAUGUGUUCCUGACUUGAAGUUGUCAGCUAGACCAGAUAAGCAUCAGAUAAUCAUUGGUGAUGAAAACCACCUUAUGCUUAUAAUAAAUGCAAGAAAUGAAGGGGAAGGAGCCUAUGAAGCCGAGCUCUUCAUCAUGAUCCCAGAAGAGGCGGAUUAUGUUGGGAUUGAGCGCAACACUAAGGGGCUGCGGCCACUGAGCUGUGAAUACAAGAUGGAAAAUGUGACCAGGAUGGUUGUCUGUGACCUGGGGAACCCUAUGGCGGCUGGAACAAAUUAUUCUCUGGGUCUCCGAUUUGCAGUUCCACGUCUGGAGAAAACAAACAUGAGUAUAAACUUUGAUCUCCAAGUAAGAAGUUCCAACAAGGACAAUCCAGACAGCAAUUUUGUGAGUUUGCACGUCAACAUCACUGCUGCAGCUCAAGUAGAAAUAAGAGGAGUAUCCCACCCUCCCCAGAUUGUUCUGCCCAUUCUUAACUGGGAACGAGAAGAAGAGCCCCUCAAAGAGGAGGAAGUUGGACCAUUGGUAGAACAUAUUUAUGAGCUGCACAAUAUUGGGCCCAGCACCAUCAGUGACACCAUUCUGGAAGUGGGAUGGCCGUUCUCUGCACGGGAUGAGUUUCUCCUCUAUAUUUUUCAUAUUCAAGCUCUGGGACCUCUACAAUGUCAAACACAUCCUGAUAUCAACCCACAAGAUAUAAAGCCUGCCGCCUCCCUAGAGGACACCCCAGAGCUCAGUGCCUUCUUGCGAAACUCUACCAUUCCUCAUCUUGUCAGGAAGCGGGAUGUGCCUGUGGUCCAGCUACACAGACAGAGUCCUGCAAAAAUACUGAAUUGUACAAAUAUUGAGUGUUUACAAAUCUCUUGCUCAGUGGGACGACUAGGAGGAGGAGAAAGUGCAGUCCUGAAGGUCAGAUCACGAUUAUGGGCCCACACGUUCCUCCAGAGAAAAAAUGAUCCUUAUACUCUCGCUUCCCUGGUGUCCUUUGAAGUUAAGAAGAUGCCUUAUAAAGAUCAACCAGAAAAGCUCCCUGAAGGAAGUAUAGCAAUAAAGACGUCAGUUAUUUGGGCCACUCCGAAUGUUUCCUUCUCAAUUCCACUGUGGGUCAUAAUACUAGCCAUACUUCUUGGAUUACUGGUUCUGGCCAUAUUAACUUUAGCAUUAUGGAAGUGUGGAUUCUUUGACAGAGCAAGACCUCCCCAGGAUGAAAUGACUGACAGGGAACAACUGACCAGUGACAAGACCACAGACGCAUGACAGGAAAACACAAAGACCAAAAAUGCAAACGCUGGUCCUAUUCAAAACAGGAAAAGAGAAACCAUAAGGGCUAUGUGGUAAUGGCUUUCCUGUACCUGCUAAUGACCUAGGGAAUGGAAGGACCCCUGAAGUUAUUGCCUCAUGGACUCCAUGCUCCGUGGUGGAAGCUGCCGUGGAGACCAGAGACCCCUGAGUAAAAGAACUCCAACGCCAUAGAAGCAAUCAGCAACCAUGGAAAAUUUCUUUUGUUUUUGGCAUUCCAUUCAUGGCAGGCAUUAUGGAAUGGGUACGGGAACCUGGGUUGCUUCCAAGGUAAACCCAAGUUGAAUUGCGAAGAUGAAAUGUCUGAAUUACUAUAUAAAUUAGAAGGUUAACUAAGACUGAACUGCCCAACACUACUGUAAUCCAAUGGACUCUCUGACACCUCCCUAAAGAAAAGCAAUAUUUCUGAUGGUGUGAUGGCUCAGGGAGACAAGCAAUAUGUUGUUGGUACUACGAAAGUACCUUUAAAACAACAAAGAGAAUUUUCUAGGUGAGGAUAAAAUUGUAUUUAUUUAUUUUCCAUUUCUCUAGGUGGAGAAUCUCACUGUCUAGAGAAUUUGGAAACUAAGAUUUGGUUAGAUAGUUUUCAGAAUCACUCAUUUCACUUCUUCUUAAAAUAGCUACUGUGUGCAGAUAACACAUUGAGUAGAACCUUUCUGAUUCUUAGAUGGUGUUCGGGAAACACAAAUUGGUAUUAGGUGUCAGUUUUACUUAAUACCAUGCCACCUGGAAUGACUUAUUCACACCAUUCAGGAACUCACAUCUUCUUAGUUUAGAUUUUUAAAAUGUUACAUGUAUAUUUUAUAUAUGUUUUUAAAAUAAAAAAAAAACCUUUCCACUGAUUUAUUUAAAACCUUAAUUUCAAGGUACUUACUACCCUGUAUGGGGUUUUAAAGUAUUGGCACAAUUUGUAGAAUCCCUGUGAAAUUACAAUUGGAUAAUAAGAACAAAUGUUAUUUUUAAUAGCUCCAAUAGGCAAUACCAAUAUUUAGCUCAGGAUCAGAUACUUGUUUUCCCUCUUAUAUCUUGUGUAUGCACACGAGACAAAAUGUGGUGCGCAUAAGUAGGAUGGAAAUUAAAAAGUUACACAAGGCAAAUCUAUAAGAUUAACUCAUAGGAUUUUAUUUAAAGACCUUACUCCAACUCUUUUACUUGUUUAACCUGCAAUUACCUAAUACAUAAUCUCGGUGAAUAAUCUUUUACUUAAACUAUCAUUCUAUCAUUUUAAACUUAUCCAUCAAACAAAUCACUGCUUAAAACUCUUGUAAAUAAUCCAUAAUCAUAGGUAAUAUUAUCAUUUUAAAGUAAAACUUUCCAGCCAAAUUCAUAGAUAGUCUGAACAAUUUUGUAUGCUUUUUAUAAUAAUUGAAAAGUUGCUAUGGAGAAAUGCCGAACAAAAUUUUAUGUGCAAUAUUUUAUAGACCUAUGUAUCUGCGGCAUGUUUACACUGGCAUUAGUUAUUUUUUAAUUAAUAUCCUGAAUACUAAGUAUGAUAUGACAAGCUGACCAAAAUCUUUAAGUUUACAAAGCAGUUGGAAAAAUCUGUGUCUCAAUUUCAAUAAUCACACUUUAUUUGAAAGAUGAGCCAAAAUCACAGACAGUAAAUUUCAUGUUGUGCCUUAACCUGGAGAGAAGCCAUUUGGCCACAGCUGUAGCAGUUCAUUGGAAAGCAAAUGAAAGGCACAUGGGCGGACAUCGCUGUUCAUCUUCUCAGUGCUUAUGAAUUAAAGCUGUCCUGGUAGCUGUUUCUUGUCUGCUAGAGUUCAUGUCUAACUCCCAGUCUGUGUGGCUGAUGGGUGAGGAGCACUGCGUACUUCAAAGAGCUUGAGGGCCCCACACAAACCUCGGGGGGCCUUUGCUGUAAACCUUUUAGGUGUAACAAAAUUCACAGGUAGGAGGCCAUCUCAUGAUUUGGAGGCAUACAAACAACUCGAUCUACUUCACAUAAUGUCCUAACUCUUGAUGGGCCUGACAUGUGAGGAAUAGGCAUGAACUCCUCAGGACCUUUGGUCAUAAGAAGCCCUUGAGAAAAUGCACCCCUUGCGAUUAAAGAAGUCAGAAUUCUUUGGCACAUCAUGCCUUGCCAUACUCCUGUCCUUCUACAGGGGACUGGCUACCAAAGGGCUUUGUAAUAGGCUGUCAUUCACAAGACACAGUGGCUGUCUGCCCCUUAGAAUGCAAAAGGAAUAGAGGGAGGAAGAAAGCUAUGUCGGGGAAAAUUCUCCAGGGAUCCAUUCGUUAGCAUCCUGCCCUCUCAGCGAACACUGAGGACACACUGAGUGUAUAAUACUUACCGCAUAGCUGGUUCCUUUCAUAACACAAAAGGUGCCAGACCCCACCUAGAACCUCUAUGUAUUUCUCUUCACUAUGUUCCUUUUUCUAGUUCAUGCAGCUAGUUUUUAAGACAUGAAAAAAUGAGCAAAUUUUAUAAACUUGGAAAUUUUUAUACAGUAAAUAAUAUACUAGUCAUCACUGAAACCCUGAUCUUACAAUCCCUGUUUUAUUUAAGUGCAUUUGUAGAGAUCUGUGAAGAUUUUCAUGUACCUAUUUACUGUGUCACUAAUAAAGUUUAAAAUUAAAGACA